AUGGAUAAACAUAUCUUUAUCUUACAGAAGUACGUCCUAUCUAAGGAGAAGAGUACUCAGAAACGGUACUCAGUCCAAGGAAAGCGAGAUCUUGAAUUACAACAAGAUUUACUUCAACUGAUAAGAGCUAAAUCUUUCCCAACUGCCAUAAUCUGUGCAACCGAAUUACUAGGUCGGACGAAAGACAUAACUGAGCAGCAGAAAUUAACCUUAGCUAUUGCCAGACUCUAUGUUGUUUGUGGUGAUAAAUCCAGUGCAGAGACCUUCUAUCACGAGUUUUUAAAACAGACUAUUGGCCCUGGAUUUAUCUUUCAAACUGAGUAUAGUUUUGUUAUUGAUGUCUUUCUUCAAGCUCCAUCUCUUCCACCCGUUUACAUUGGAAUUCUAGAAGAGUAUGUUGAGAAUGUCCUUGGUACCGAAAAGAAGUAUAGUCUUAAUCGACUGUUCUACCAACUUAUAGUUAUCCACCAUACUGGCCAAGACCCAUGGGAUCCCACUUCUAAUCUAGAUCUAUCCCUACUACCCAAGCACAUUCGCGAAAUCUAUCUUGCUAGAACUACUACUCUCUUAAACAACCCAGCCUACUUAUGCGAUCUUAAAACAAUAGCCCAAAACCUAGGAAAUGAGUACAGUAGCAAAUAUGGUCUAAACUACUUUCAGCUAUAUCGGCGUACUAAAGGCAAUCAACGAACGAACUUCAAAUCCACGAAUUAG